AUGACGGACAAACUUCCCCCUCCCCUGCUGGCGCUGUUCCAGCCUCGUCCACCCUUGCGCUACGUCCAUCCUAUUGAUCGUGCACCUGAAGAUGUCAAGAAGAGCACCAUCGGUGGAAUUGCACAGUAUCUAGGAGAGGUCAAAAAUUACGAAGAAGAGAUACCCUAUAAUGCUACAGAAAGUUGGCUUCAGCGCAAAUGGCGGCAAAAGCUCGAGCAGAAGGAGAAGCUAGGCAAGCAGUUAACUGAGAGCUUGCAAGUUUAUGACCCUUCGAACGACUCUCAAGCUCGAGGCGACCCCUUUAGAACUCUUUUCGUGGCUCGACUCAGCUACGAUGUAAAAGAAGCAGACCUCGAACGCGAGUUUGGAAGAUUCGGACCCAUUGAGAGAGUGCAUACUGUCACGCCGAAAGGCUCCAAGAAGCCGCAUAGAGGUUAUGCUUUCAUCGUUUACGAGCGCGAAAAGGACAUGAAAGCUGCCUACAAAGAGACAGAUGGCAUUCGGAUCAAGGAUCGCCGUGUCCUUGUAGAUGUGGAACGCGGUCGCACAGUGAAAGGCUGGAAGCCUCGUCGCUUCGGCGGCGGAUUAGGUGGUCGUGGUUAUACUAAAGCUUUGCCAUCGCGUCCAACUGGCCCCGGCUCCUUUGGUGCGCCUUCCGGUCCUGGAGGCUUUGGAGGUGGGUUCAGAGGCGGAUUUGGAGGUAGAGGGUUCAGAGGAGGAUAUCGCGGUGACAGAUUUGGUCCUCGCGGAGGAGUCGGCUACCAGGGCGGUCGUAAUGGCUUUGGGGGACAACCUCCACCAAACGCCCCAUCUGGCCCCGGUGGUGGUCGGAAUGGUGGAUUCGGAGGAGGCUACGCGGGUGGUGGAAAGUAUGAGAGAGACGCUAGAGGUCCUGGCGCAACAGGCAGCAACCGCGAACCUAUCCGUCCCCGAGAGGGUUACUCAGAGCGCGAUCGCCGUGAUCACGAUCGUGACAGAGAAGGUGAUCGCCACAGGGACCGUGACCGUGAUCGAUACCGUGACCGCGACCGUGAACGUGACCGUGACAGGUAUGGUGGCCGAGAGGACUAUGGCCGGAAGAGACAUCACGAGGACGACUCUUAUGAGGACCCUCGGGCCAAGAGGAGGUAUUAA